AUGGAAGGGGGGCGUGGGGAGCCCCUCGGAGCUCCGGGCAGCGCCAGGAUCAUGGAACCAAUCCCGCUGGGAACUGUGCUGAGGCACCCGGAACGGCGGGACGAGGAUGGCGAUGGCCGACGCGGCGUCACGGAGGGCGAACGGAGCUCGGUGCCUCUGGGGCUGGGGGGUGAUGACAUCGUUGACCCGAUGCCACCCCCAGAACGUUCUGGAACUGAGCCGGGCACUGGGAUUGGACGCAUGGACCACGCCGUGAGUCCAGAGGAGGCCGUGGACAGAGUGCAGGAGGAGGAGGAGGAGGAGGAAGAGGAGGCGUCGGCGGCGCUUCCCGACGUUUCUCACAGCAUCAGCAGCCGCAUUUCGGAAACCUUGGCCGGCAUCUACGACGACAACAGCCUGAGCCAAGACUUCGAGAAAGAUCCCGAGCCGGGACCCCCAAAAACUCCCCCCAACCCACCCGGGGCCGACUCCACGCUGCCAGAGGAGGAGGAAGAGGAGGAGGAGGAAGAGGACGCGACGGAGCCGCGGCGCCGCGUCUUCGUGGUGGAUCUCGGGGGAAAAAACCGCUCCGAGAGCGAAGCCCACGCCAAAUUCGACGGCAAAGUCUCCCUGGAGGUGGUGACGGCCGGAAACGCCAAAGCUCCCCAAAUUCCCGGAGCUUCCACCCAAAGCCGAGGCGGAGGAGCCGCCGGCUCCGCGAAAACCUCUCGGCACCGCGGGCGCCGCGAGUGGGGAGCCCCGGGAGACUCGGAGAUCGAGGAAGGCGAGAUCGUCCCGCAGGACGACGAGAGGUUCAGCCCCGUGAGGAUUUUCCGCGGAUCCGGCGGAACCGGAGGCACCGCCCGGAGCCGCGUUCCCGAACCGAGACCUCCUCGCCUCCCCCCCGAUGGAGGCGGCGGCGGCGGCGGCGACGAUUUUUUAUCCCUGCACGCCGAUUCGGAUGAAGAAGGAGAUUUCGGCGCCGAAUCCCAACCGGAUCCGCGUUGGAAAAGCGGCACCGACAGCGGCGGAGGUUCGGAUUUACGGCGGAAAAUCCUCACGCAGCGGCGGCUCCGCGCUCCCCCUUCACCCUCCAAGAAAAAAUCCAAACGUUCCCGCGAACGCGGCGCCGGUUCCGGUUCCGUUUCCAACGCGGCCGCCUGGAAGAAGCCGCCGGAACCGUCGGGCAAAGCCAAGGAGCGGCACCGGCGCCGCGGUUCCCGUUCGCGGUCGCGCCGGCGUUCGUGGUCUCGGCGUUCGCGUUCUCGGGAGAAACGGCGGCGUCGGCGACGCUCGGGCAGCUCCCGGCACAAAGAGAAACACCGCGGCGAGAAAAAGAAGAAAAAACAACGCUCGAGGUCGAGGGAGAGGAGGGGAUCGAGGCGCGACGGGGACGGCAAAGCGGAGAAAAGCGAAGCGGCGGCGAUGAAGAGGAGGGAGCUGCGCUCCGUGGUGCCGCCCUCGGUGCAGGAACUCAACGAUUCCGAUCUUUUCGCCAUCAAGAGGACGAUCACGGUGAACCGCAGGGCCACGCCCGAGCCCAAACGCGAGGUCCUUUACGAUUCCGAGGGGUUGAGCUUCGAGGGUUUUUCGGAUCGCGAGAUGCCGGCGGCGAGGAAAAACGAAACCAGGACGGCGGCGACCACGACGGAAAGGCCGGCGGGCAGGGAGAAAUACAAGAAAAAAUUCAAAGAGUACCCCGAGCAAACGGCGAGCGACGGCGGGAAAAGCAAGGAGAAACAACGGGAAAAAAGCGCCCGGAAAGGGAAAAGCGGCGGAGGAGGAGGAGGAGGGCACAAGGAAGGGGCGGAAACGGCAAAAACGGCGACGGGGGCGAGGAAAGUGAAGCUGCAAUCCAAGGUGUCCGUGCUGAUCCGCGAGGGCGUGAGCUCCACCACGGCUCCCAGUAAAGAAACUGGGAGCGGCGCUGGGAGCGGCAUCGGGGUGAAAUUCGCCCGCGACGCCGAGAGCCGCGCGGCUUUUUUGAAAAGCGACGAGAAAAGCGAGAAAAGCUCCCAAAAAAACGAGGCGGGCUCGGCGGGAGCCGGGCGGGACGGAGGAGGCAAAACGCGCAAAGUGAAGGCGACGAAAAGCAAAGGGGGAGUGAAAAAAGUCAAGGUGAAAGGCAAAGGCGAGGCUCGAAAAAAGAGGAAGACCAAGGUGAAGAGCGCCUUGAAAAAAUCCAAAGCCGACAGCUGCAGCCAAGGCGCCGGGACCCCUCCCCAGCUCCGCCUGCCCCCCAAAACCGAACCGGCGUGGUCGGGUUCGGAAAAAUCCACGGGCGGCACCCCGAAAGCAACCGGAACCCCCGUGGCCACCCCGAAAACGCCCUCGGUAGCCACGCCGGCUCCCGCGGUAGCCCCCGCCGAGCGUGAGCUGACCCCGGACUCGCAGACCGUGGACAGCAGCUGCAAGACCCCCGACGUGUCGUUUUUAAGCGAGGAGGGGUCCGGGGGAGCCCCCCAAAGCGUCGGGGGGGACGGGACGGGACUCGGCGAGCACCCCCUGACCCACAGCGGGGGCGAGGCUCAGGUCGACAGUCGGGGAGAGGUCAAGGAAGAGGCGUCGAGACCCCCGGGACCACCGCCCCCACCGCCGCCGGGACCCCCGGGACCCCUCCCCGGCACGGCCACGGCCCCGCCCGUGGUGGCCCCGGGCUGGAGCCUGCAGGGGGGGGUGGAUUGUGCCACCAGCGGGGUGCUGGCAC